ACAGUAUCAAGUGACAGUAGUCGUCUGUGGUGACGUCACUCUACGUUGGGUUGAACCAUCCAAUCCGUUGUUGGGAACGAAGAGUGGCUUGUGUUUGAAAAUCUUCACUGUCGUUCUUGCUGGAAAUAAGGGUUUGGCAUAUUUUGCGUUUAGCUUGUUGACCGUUUUAACAAAAAAGCUGGCUGGAAACCAGAAUUAUCCACACAGACUACUACACCGUGGGAGGAUCAGGCGAUAACAAUGUCUGGAAGUGACAUGUGCAGUCAUGUUAAGGUGGUGGUUCGUGUGCGGCCCGAGAACUCAAGGGAACUAGAAGGCAACUUCAAGAAAGUGGUUCAAGUUGUUGAUAACCACAUGCUUAUCUUUGACCCCAAAGAGCAGGACAUGACCUUUUUCACUGCACAGAAACGCUGCAGAGAUGUCCGUACGAGAGCCAACAAAGACCUGAAGUUUGUUUUUGAUUGUGUUUUUGGGGAGACGUCUUCACAGAUUGAUGUUUUUGACAACUCUACCAAAGAUAUCAUUGAUGGAGUUUUGAAUGGAUAUAACUGCACCGUAUUUGCCUAUGGUGCAACGGGAGCAGGGAAGACACACACCAUGUUGGGAUCUGAAAACAGCCCUGGAGUGAUGUAUCUCACCAUGAAUGAACUAUUCAAUCGAAUUGAUCAAGUCAAGAAUGAAAAAAUUUUUGAUGUUGCUUUUUCUUAUCUUGAGAUUUACAAUGAGAACAUCCGGGACUUGCUGGCCAGCUCUGGAUCCCUGGCUGUUCGAGAGGACAGUACCAAAGGAGUGGUGGUCCAAGGCCUCACCCUACAUCAGCCUAAAUCAGCUGAGCACAUCCUUGAAGCUCUGGAUUAUGGCAACAAAAAUAGAACGCAGCACCCAACUGAUGUGAAUGCUUCCUCCUCACGAUCCCAUGCAGUGUUCCAGGUCUAUUUAAGGCAACAGGACAAGACAGCCAGCCUAAAUCCAAAUGUAAGGGUUGCCAAAAUGAGCCUCAUUGACCUGGCAGGUUCAGAGCGAGCUAGUGCCACAAACGCCAAGGGAGCCCGCUUCCGGGAGGGAGCCAACAUCAACCGCUCGCUGCUGGCUCUGGGGAACGUCAUCAAUGCCCUGGCUGACCCUAAGAGCAAAAAAGCCCAUAUACCAUAUAGGGACAGCAAGCUUACUCGGCUUUUGAAAGAUUCCUUGGGAGGAAACUGCCGGACCAUCAUGAUUGCCAACGUUAGCCCAUCAUCCCUGUCUUAUGACGAUACCUACAAUACUCUAAAAUAUGCAAACAGGGCCAAAGAGAUCAAGUCUUCCCUGAAGAGCAACGUAGUCAGUCUUGACAGUCACAUCAGCCAGUAUGCGGUGAUAUGUGAGAAGCAGCGUGCAGAGAUAAUGGCUCUGAAACAGAAGUUGAAAGAGUAUGAGGAUAGAAAGACUGCAGCCCCAGACAAGCACGCAGAUCCUUUAUCCGUUUCCACUAAGACGCAAGCUGACUUUGAGAGGAUGAAAGAGGUCCUGCAGCGCAUGUUCACCAGCCGGGUCCAGAUCCGUAAGGACUUCCUGGUUCUGGAGAGGCAGCUGAAGGAGAACGAGCUGCGGCAGACCCACAGGGAGGACUGCCACCAUCAGGUCCAGCUUCUCUGCGCUGAAGACAAGGCCGUCAAGGCCACCUGCAAACACGAGCGGAGGCUGGCCUCUCUGCUCACCCACAGGCAGCAUCUCAAAAGGAGGCUUUCGGAAGUAGGGCACCACUUCCUGGAAAAUGAGAGCUGGCUGCACCGCGUGGAGAACGAGAUGAAGCUGCUGUGUCAGGACGGGAAGGUUCCCAAGGUUCUGGAGAAAGAGCUGCAGUGCCACAAACUACAGACACAAGUAGAGGAUCUUAAACAACACAUCGAGCACAUGACUCAUCUCAUUAUUCUUCAGGACCAGGAAAAUAAACACACUAAGAAAAUGGUGAGCGCCAUGUUGCCAGUUUUGCGCAGCCAGUACAGUGCUCUGAAAGACUCGGGCCUGGCAACCUCCUCCCACGAUUCUAAGUACCAUGACCUGGAGCAGCUGGUCCUGAGGGAGAGGGGCGUGGUGUGGGCAGACCAGCGAGAGGCGGAGGGGUGCACCGACGCCGCACCCAGCCAGUCGGAACUCACAUCUAUCCUGAGUUUCUCACACCUCGUCUGCCACAAGAGCACUCCCUGCAGUGCUGAGAAAUUAAGGAAGAAAUCCUCCCAGAGCAUGCAACUGUCUUCAUUAACACAAGGGUUUGCAGACCAGGAAAAUAAGGAGAACCCCCAGCCCGCACCUGCCGAUGUUCAGCCCCGGAAGCCCACCAGAAGGAAGCUGACGGUGUCCCCUCCGUGUUCGAACGCUCCCAACUCGGCCCUGCCUCACUGUCUGCAAGGCCUGCAGGACACUUUCAGACAAGAGGGCAUCUUCCCUCUGCAGUACACCCCCGAGUGCCACGCACCAUCCCCCAACCUCAUCCCCAACUUUCAGACCAUCUCCAACGACCACGACGCCACAUUUGACGUAGCUGACAGCGUCGAGCCUUGCUCUGGCAACACCACCAUCACCAUAUCUCCAGGCACCAGCCAACACGACACAACUGGAAGUGACAGAUCCUUCAAAAGGUUAGUGAUACCAACUCUGCUGGAUGACAAGCGUCCCAAACGGUCAUACAUGGCCAUGACAUCCGCUGCUCAAAAAAAGCGGAAACCUACUGGGUUCCCUUUCAACGGUGGCAAAGACUGCACACAAGGCCCGACUGCACCUAAGCGUGUGAAGCAGGACCCAGCACAGUUGAUCAAGCCCAUGCGAGUUCGGCGAUAUGGAGGGUCUGAAGAGAGCAUACCUGAGAGAAGAGUGGUGAGAAGCGUUUCGGAGGGAAACCUUCAACUUGUCGGUGUUCAAAAGCCCAGGUCCACAUUUCUGAGGUCCACAACGCAGAACCUGUUUAAAAGAGUAACCAAGAGGCUGUGAUAGCUUUACCUGGCUGCACACUUGAGAAACUAUUGUUCCCCUCCAUUUGCCGAUGAAAAAUGUUAAAUUUUUAACAUGCAUUUUGUAAGUAGAUUAAGUUUUAACUGUGUACAGAGAAUAACUUGCAAAGACCAUUCCUAGUUCCUUUCUAAUUAUUUUAUUAAAAUCUUAAUCAUUUUAUGCAUUGUCCUUUCUUGUCAGCACAGCAUAUGUAUGUAAAUUGUAAUUCAUCUUCACAUUCUGUUAUUCUUGGUUUCUUAGAUUUUCUUAAUUUUUUUAAAACCAUUGAACUUUGAUGGAACGGAGGGGGGUUAAGUAUCGGAUAAACAUGUCUUGAUUGAGGACAAGUAAUUUACCUCAUAUCCUGACACCUCUGCUACUUUUAUUUAAAUGAUGGCACAUCUUGGUACCAACGAUUGAAAAAAUUGGGGGAAAAAAUACUUUUUUGUGACUACAGAUGGUGAAUUAUUAUAUAUAAUACAUAUGAAUAUAUUAUAUAAAUACAUGUAUUUGAACACAAUAACAUUUUUUUAAAGAAAUGAAAAAUGAACGGAAUGCAGAAUUGAUACAUCACAACAAAAAAUCAGAUAAACAUGAUACUGAUGGCAAAGUUCACAUGGCAAAAGAAUAACCACAGUCGCAGCUAUAUAGCACAACAUGGAGGAUAAACUGGCUGAUUGUUACAAGAUUAGAUAACUUGAACUUGUAUAAUUAUAGCACCCGCACAAUAUAUCCAGAGCAAAAAAGACUGAGUACACAUUGGGGAAUGAUCAUGAACAUGAAUGUGUUGCUUUUUUCUAACAGAAGUCCUGUUGCCUUGACCAUGAAAAUACAACAUCAUUGAGCUUUUUAGUUUGAUGCUGAUGCAGUUUACCAGUUUACUGCAGUACUUUCUGUGCAUAACUCCAUGAUUUGUUUUUUGUGGCUAGCUAGCCAUUUGGCUACAAAAGAGCCUUCUGUCAUUUUCAGCUUGAUAUUCUUCCUUUAUGAAGGUGAAUGUUUAACUGUAGCAGUAAGCCACAACUGAUAUCAAAGCUAAACUUAUCCACUAACAGGACACUUUGGUUUUUUCCUUAGUAAAUGAAAUCCAUUUCUCCUUCUCUAGUCACAACUUCUAUGAUUUUGGACCCCCCCUCCCCCCCAAUGAAGCUUAUUUUAUUGAUCCUUCCACAGUUGGAUUGUCUCUGUGAGUUGUGGUUAUCUGUAUAUGUCUGAAACUGAAACACACCUCUUUGACUCUGCUGUGCUUGCCACGUCAUUGGCACUCAAUUCCUUGCACUCCGUAGUUUGUAUGGCUUCUGUGGGUGGUGAGCACGGGCUGAGAGGGCAUGUAAAUAACCUACCUUUUUGUUAUUUGAGUAAUAAAUACUACCUUGCUUU